CCGUUUCCGGUCGGCGGUGAGCUGGCCCCUGAAGAGUUAGCGUUCGGGUGGUCGCGAUGGGAAAGUCAGAUUUUCUUACCCCUAAGGCCAUCGCCAACAGGAUCAAAUCCAAGGGGCUUCAGAAGCUGCGCUGGUAUUGCCAGAUGUGCCAGAAGCAGUGCCGGGACGAGAAUGGCUUUAAGUGUCAUUGUAUGUCUGAAUCUCAUCAGAGACAACUCUUGCUAGCUUCAGAAAAUCCUCAACAGUUUAUGGAUUAUUUUUCAGAGGAAUUCAGAAAUGACUUUCUAGAACUUCUCAGGAGACGCUUUGGCACUAAGAGAGUUCACAACAACAUUGUUUAUAAUGAGUAUAUCAGCCACCGAGAGCACAUCCAUAUGAAUGCGACUCAGUGGGAGACCCUGACUGAUUUUACCAAGUGGCUGGGCAGAGAAGGCUUGUGUAAAGUGGAUGAGACACCAAAAGGCUGGUAUAUUCAGUAUAUAGACAGGGACCCAGAAACUAUCCGCCGUCAACUGGAACUAGAGAAAAAGAAGAAGCAGGACCUUGAUGAUGAAGAAAAAACUGCCAAAUUUAUUGAAGAACAAGUGAGAAGAGGUCUGGAAGGGAAAGAACAGGAAGCUCCUGUUUUUACAGAGUUAAGCAGAGAAAACGAUGAGGAGAAAGUGACAUUUAAUUUGAAUAAAGGAGCAUGUAGUUCAACAGCAACAUCUUCCAAGUCAAGUUCUUUGGGACCAAGUGCAUUGAAAGUGAUAGAAACCACAGCAUCAGUGAAACGGAAAGAAUCUUCCCGGAGCUCAGCUCAACCCAAGGAAAAGAAAAAGAAAUCCGCACUUGAUGAAAUCAUGGAGAUUGAAGAAGAAAAGAAAAGAGCUGCCCGAACUGACUACUGGUUGCAGCCUGAAAUUAUCGUGAAAAUUAUAACCAAAAAACUUGGAGAGAAAUAUCAUAAGAAAAAGGGCAUUGUUAAGGAAGUAAUUGACAAAUACACUGCUGUUGUAAAGAUGAUUGACUCUGGAGACAAGCUGAAACUUGACCAGACCCAUUUAGAAACAGUAAUCCCAGCACCAGGGAAAAGAGUUCUCGUUUUAAAUGGCGGCUAUAGAGGAAAUGAAGGUACCUUAGAAUGCAUCAAUGAGAAGACCUUUUCAGCUACUAUAGUCAUUGAAACUGUAAGGUCCUUUAAAAGGACGCAGAGUUGAAGGAAUUCAAUAUGAAGACAUUUCCAAACUUGCUUGAGUUUGAAAAUUUGUUAUCAUUAAAAUCCUAAAGCAUCAAA